AUGCAAUAUGUUAGUAGUAUAAAGGCGACAUGGGAUAUCACAGGUUGCACAAUUAUGUCUGAUUCUUGGACUGACAUAAAGAAGAGGUCAUGGGUUAAUGUGAUUGCUUACUCUCCUGGGGGUGCUGUGUUUUUGAAAUGUAUUGAGUGCGGUAUAAAUAGAUUAACUUCCACAUUUCUUUUCAAUGAAAUUUCUGAUGUCAUUGAAAAAGUUGGACCAAAGAAUGUUGUGCAAUUUAUUUCAGAUAAUGGUUCUAACUUUUGUUCUUGUGGUGAUAUGUUGUCUGGAAAAUGUCGUCAUAUAUAUAGAACAAAUUGUGCUGCUCAUGGGAUUAAUCUGCUUUUGAAAGAUAUUCACAAAAAAGUUAAAUGGAUGAGGGAAGUUAUAGAAGAUGGAAAACUUGUAGUGGAUUAUAUUCACAGGCACACAGGUAUUGUAGCAUUGAUGAGAAAAUUCACCAACAAUAGAGAUAUCAAGCAGCCUUGCAAGACAAGGUUUGGUACUUAUUUUUUUAUGUUGCAGUCUCUUAUUGUUGUUGAGAAUGAGCUGAGGCUUUUUGUUGCAUCAUCUGAGUGGAGAGCCUUUCAAUUCAAUAGAGCUGAAAUGGCAGUGAGAACUGUUGGAAUAAUUCAAUCAGAGACAUUUUGGGAGGGGGCAAAGGAAGUUGUUGCUUUCAUGGAGCCACUUAUUCAUAUUCUUCGCCUUGUUGAUUCAGAUGGUUCUACUGCAGGUUACUUAUAUGAAGCAACAGAAAGGGCAAAAGAAACAUUGAGAAAAUUUGUGGAGAAGGAUGGAGGGAAGUAUUUAGCCAUAAUGGAUUUGUUUCAAUUUAGGUUAGAGAAGAACAUUAUUCAUCAUGUUCAUCUCUUUGGUGCACUUUUGAAUCCUUCUAUUAUGUUUGGUGGUCGACUUGAUAUUGAUGGAACUAACUUUAUGAAUGCACAAGAUUUUAUAAUGGACAUCAUGGUUCCUUUAGAAGAUCAUGAGCAAUUCAUGUAA